AUUAAUUUCAUGAGCUCGCGAGCGAGCUUCCAACUCAGAGACGUUUUAGCCGCGCUGCCAUUUGGACGUCGUUUGCCGCGUUCGCUUCUUUUUCUCCGGAUUCAUUGUUAACAUUUACAACUCGACAACCGCCAUACCGCGUCCUGCCCAACCCAAAAGCUGUCAAAAAUAAAACUCAGCCUUUAUUGGACUGUUUUUUGUGUGUGUGUUUUGUCGCUUGCAAAAUCUCCGUAAAGUGAAACGUGAAAUCUCUUUUUUUCGCCCAUCGCAAAUUUUGUUAUAUUUUGUUUCGCAUUUUGAAUACUCCAGUAAAACAGUGCUUUGAGCAAUUGUUGCGAGCGAACUGGUAAAGAUGGGCAAAGCACAGUGUAUUACCUACGAUGACAAUCAGGUGCCUUACCUCGAUUUGGGCACUGCACAAAUACGCAUGGAAAAGGAAGAGGCGCCCGACUGGGCCCUGAAAAAAGCACAAGAUGAACUACGUGAGCUGCCCGGCAUCAAGGAGGAGUCCAUCAAGGAGCUCAGAGAGCUAAUCCAAAAUGAAAAGUACCUGAAAUUGCCACUAGAUGAUGAAUACAUGAUGAUGUUUCUGCGUCCUUGCCACUAUUAUCCCGAAAGUGCUCUAAAUCGCCUGAAGCACUUCUACAACAUGAAGUGGAAAUAUGGUUUGGCUUGCGAUGACAUUGUGCCCGCCAAGCUGCGCAAUGUGUUCGAAAGUGAUAUUUUGAAUCUGUUGCCCAACAGGGAUCAGUUUGGACGUCGUAUACUCGUGUUGGAAGCUGGCAAAAAAUGGAAGCCGUCAAAGGUGCCGCUGCCGGAUCUGUUCCGGGGCAUUCAGUUGACUGUGCUAGGCUCCAUGGUGGAGCCAUUUUCACAAAUCUGUGGCGCAGUUGUCAUCAUUGAUAUGGAAGGUCUGCCUUUGAGUCACAUAACACAGUUUACACCAUCGUUUGCCGCCAUGUUGCUGGAUUAUGUACAGGAAUGCAUUUGUAUGCGUCUGAAGGCGGUUCACAUUGUGAAUAACUCGUAUAUAUUCAAUAUGCUUUUUGCCAUAUUCAAGCCCUUCAUUCGUGAGAAGCUGCGCAAGCGCAUAUUUUUCCAUGGCAAGGACUGGAAAUCGUUAACGUCGCACAUUGAUGCAAGCGCCCUGCUACCAAAAUAUGGUGGCACCGCUACUUGGGAGCUACCACCCGGCAAGAUGCUGGGUGAAUUCUUUGAGUUGUACUCCAAGGAUUAUGAGCUGGCUGACAGCUAUGGAUAUACUGAGGGCUACGUACCUCCAAAGAAAUAACUGGAUUUCUUUUUCAUGCCUAAUUUUUGAAAUAUAUUCUAUAUAACGUAAUAAUAUAAACAGAAGUUGGGUCAUUUGUGAUAUUGCAAAUAUUUGUUGUACCAUUGUAAUUUUUAGUUAUUUGCUCCAAGAAUGUGGAAAGCGAUAGUUUGAAUCUAUCAUGUAUCAAUUUUGUACAAAACGAACACACAUCAUUUAACAUAGAGCAAAGACUUUACUAGGGAUUUCUAUAAGGUAUAUUGUACUUUGUAUCAUAAGUAAAUUAGUAAUAUAUGUAAAUAUUAUAUGUAGCAUAUACGCAUUGAUUAUUGUAUUAAUUGAUGAAAUUGAAGCAAUAAAAAUAUGAAUUUUGUUACCUUUUAUACCAAUAA